AUGAAGACUCACGUCCUCUUCGCAAUUAUACCCUUUAUUGCCAGCAUGGCAAGCGCUACUCCUGUCGCGAAUCCCUCGCCAAUGGCAUCUGAAGCGCUGAGUGGCCUCGUCGAAAGACAAGGUGGCCUCCUUGGAGGCCUCCUCGGGGGCCUCACCAAUACGCUGACGAUCGACGCUGGAAUCUUGAUCGAUGGCGUGGGCGUUUACCUGGUUAACCUUGACAACGAUAUUUUCACGAUCAAUCAGACUCUGGGGCUUUUCUGA